GACAUGCCUUCAUCUUCAUAUAACUUCUAUAUAUGGAAAUGAACCUCUUUACAUGUCCAUAUGUUACAGAAAGAAGAUAAUAGGAAUCACAGACAACAAAUAACAAUUUCCUAGCAUCGGAUUAACGUCAAUGUACAGAUUGAGAAGUGUAUGAAUAUAAGACCAUUGACUUGUACGAACGAUGCGGAAUUAUGUAGUGGAAUGGAAAACAAAAAGAAAUAUUCAGAUUAUACUCUCCUUUUUCUCGUGGCAUGGAUUUAUUUUGAAGGAAUAAAUAAAGUUUAAUUAAAAGGUCUUAGACACUAAAGGUAUAUACCCGUCUUUAGACUGACUCUUUCUUUGGUACGAAAUGGCAAACUUACUUAACUUAAAGCAGGAUAUUUUUUUCUACAAAAUACAUGAGAAUGAAAGAAAUAAACCAAUGUGUUAUAUGAUGUGAAAUACUAUAAAAAAAAUUUGAUGGAAGUUGAUAUUUGUGAAGGUUAGUUGAAAAUUAAUUAAAAGUAGUGUUUUAACUGGUUGAAGGAAAAAUGUCUAGUUCAGCUGCCAAAGGAAAAGGCAACGAACCCAGUGUGGCAGUUAAAUACAUACCUUGCUCAAAAGGUGACACAGAACACACUGAUGAUGAAUUGGAAGAAAUCGCAAUAAUGGGGAACGAUAAACACGAUAACAAGAAGUCAGAAACCAAGGAAUUCGGAAAACCAACUGCAAAUGGACCUCAUAUACUUUCGGGUGGAGUAGGAAUAUUUCAGGUGAUAAAUACACGCGACAGAACUAUGUCAAUAGGGGAACGCCUCAGUAAAGGGGGGCGAAUCAGUCUAUCGUCACCUGUUUACUCGAAUAAAGUUGUCGAGCAAAAAUCAAGAUCAACGUCAAAACAAAGUUUAAUGGAUUUAUUUGGCAGUAGAAUUGACAGGAGUAAGUCACGAGCAAAAAGUUUUUCAGCUCGAGGAGACCUGUCUUUGAUGAAAAAGGUAAGAUCUUCUGAAGUUAUGACACCAAGAGAAAUACGAAAACUGCGCAAGAAAGAUAUAGAGAGUAAAUUUGGAAAGAAAAGCAAAAUAGUGAAAACGGAGAGGUUGGAAACUACCACAACCCUUUCUGAUCACGAAGGGUGUAACUGGACCUUUGUUUUUGAUCCCUCAGGGCGGCUAGCCUAUUGGUGGUCAUCUGUGGUCAGUUUAGCAUUUCUCUAUAAUUUUUGGGUUAUUAUAUACAGAUAUGCAUUUCAUGAGAUUGAUACAGAAAAUUACGGUGUUUGGUUCGCUUUAGAUUAUACGGCAGACCUUCUUUAUAUUUUGGACAUAGUAUUUCACUUCCGGACAGGAUAUUUAGACGAUGGGGUUCUACAGACAGAUGCUAUUAAGUUAAGGAUACAUUAUAUGAAUACAACUAUGUUUUAUAUAGAUUGUUUAUGUUUGUUACCGUUAGAUUUUCUUUAUCUUUCAAUUGGAUUCUGCUCAAUUUUGCGUUGUUUUAGAUUAGUAAAAGUAUAUAGAUAUUGGGCAUUUUUAGACAGAACGGAAAGGCAUACUAAUUACCCAAACGCUAUGAGAACACUCACUUUAAUGCAUUAUCUGCUUGCCCUGUUCCAUUGGAAUGCUUGUCUGUACAAUAUCGUUGCAACACACGAAAACGCAUCCAGUACAUGGACAAUGCCAAAAGAUGAUGGAUCAACUGUUAAGAAAUACUUACAUGCAUUAUACUGGAGUACACUUACACUUACUACAUUUGGAAACCUACCAAGACCAUUAACCGUAUCGGAUUAUUCAUUCAUAAUUUUUGAGAUGAUUUUUGGACUACUACUGUUUGCGACUGUUUUAGGACACAUUUCAAAUAUUGUGGCCAACAUAAGUGCUGCUAGAAAAGACUUCCAAGCUAAACUCGACGGAGUAAAAACUUACAUGUCACUAAGACGGGUACCAAUGAGACUACAGGAUCGAGUCAUCAAAUGGUUCGAUUACUUGUGGUAUUGUAAUAAAUCGACUGAUGAAGAAAGAACGCUCAGUUUACUUCCGGAUAAGCUCAAAGCGGAAAUAGCAAUUCAUGUUCAUUUGGAUACAUUAAAAAGAGUAGAGAUCUUCCAAAAUACUGAAUCAGGAUUUUUAUGUGAAUUAGUGUUGCGUCUUAAACCAGUAUUAUUUUCUCCCGGGGAUUAUAUAUGCAGGAAAGGUGAAGUAGGAAAAGAAAUGUAUAUAGUUAACAGAGGAAGAUUACAUGUGGUAGCAGAUAAUGGCAAAACAGUGCUGGCAACAUUAAAACCAGGAAGUUAUUUUGGUGAAAUUAGCAUUUUAAAUAUGGGCACUUCCGGCAACAGAAGGACUGCUUCCGUUCGAUCUGUUGGAUAUUCUGAUCUUUUCCGUUUAUCAAAACAAGACUUAUGGGAUGUACUAAAAGAAUAUCCAACUGCAAGAGUAAAAUUAGAAGCUAUUGCUGUUAAAAGAUUGGAAAAGACAAAGAAAAUGCCACUUGAAAAAGCUGCUAUGUCUCGCAGUAAGAGUACGCCAGGACUGGUCGAGUCUCAAGGAAAAGUGCCUCUGGAAGCUAUGUUUAUGACGCGGCAUCAUACUCUCCCGGCUGGUCUUCCGAUACAAAAGGUGGCUCCAGAAGCACAAACUCAAAAUCACGAAGGAGAAUCCGAUGGCAAUAAUUUGGAAUUAACCGAGUGUCAACCUGCUGAAAUGUUACCUCCCAACACACCAGUUCAAGAACAAAACACAGGAAUUCUUUCAAAAUCACAAACUGUGUCUAGUAUGAAAUCAUUUACCGUUCCAUCACCGUCUCAUAAAUCUACUUCAUUUUCAGAUGCAAAAUUUACGAUAAGUCCGCCGACGUCACCUCGUGACAUUCAACAAGCAGACAUUCCGUCUACAAUAUCCGCUCAAUUAUCACCAGUUCAUUUUCCGUUUCCUCAAAUGUAUUCAUAUCAAACAACUCAACAGUCUCCAAUGAAUCUUCUGUCCCCAUAUUGUGCCUCAAAUACCUUACACAUGCCGUCAUCACAAAGUCUUGCUCUGACAAGAUCAGACAAUCUUGCAUCAUCGCAAAAUAAUUUAUCGUCACCUCAAAACCAAACGUAUCAGAGUCCAUUUUAUCAAACACAGCAUUCAGUCGUUUCGAUAUCACCGGGUAUUACUUCAAAUGUUCCAUCGGGAAGUCCGGCCUCGUUUUCAUACGAGACAUCACAGGAUGUAUUAUUACAAGAAAUUACAACAUUAAGGGAACGACUGGCUACACUUGAAGCAGAAAACUCAACGAUGACAGCAAAACUUAAUCAACAGCAAUGGGACGUUGAGAACAGGUUAUCCGAACUAGAAAUGCACAUGUGCCCUAGCUCAAGCAUAGCCAGUACGACCAGCCAGGAUGAUCGACCAGAAAGGUUAGAGCCUGUCAAUAGAGAAUCUAUUAUUUAGGUUUUCACACACGCACAAUGUACGUUGCGUAAAUACACAAUUUGUACAACUUCCAUGAACAAACCUGAUCUGAUUUACAUGUCUAACUCAAUAAAAUAUCAUUUUAUAUCAGUCAAGUGAUAAUGGCUGUGAUGUUAUAAUUUUUGACGAUUCUGCUGGAUUUUUUUUACAGAAUGUACAUAUAUUAAACGAGAAGUUAUAUGUUGAAUAUGUUAGAUUAUUUAGAUGUUUUAAGUUUAUAAAUUUAAAAUAUUUUUAUAUGUCAUUUUCCAAUAGUUUAAUCCUGUAAAACUUCACUUUAAACUCAAUUUUACUAUUCACCAGAUAGAUGGUAAAAUAAAAACAUAAUGAGAUUUAUUGCUGCAAGAAAAGUAAAGCAUUUCAGACAAAAAAUAUGAAAAUAACGCAUUGAAAGGAGAUGAAGACAAAGCAUGUGCUUUAUCAAUAUUUCUCAAUACAAAGUUAAUCUACAAGACACCAGAAAUACACACAAAAAAAAGAAAUUCUAUGAUUUUAGUCCCGAUUUGAUUAUUAAGGCCCGUGAAAUCAUUUGCUCAGUAGUCAAUAUUUUGGCAUGGAUUUUUUUACGUAAAUUCUGAUAAAAUUCCUUGUGGUAAUCUUUUGCACUCUAAAUUGAAAAAGAAAUAAGACUAAAAGUUAUAAGGGGCCAUGACAAGAAACACUUUUCUGUUUUUUUUAACUGUGUAUAUGUAGAACUAAUCAGUUUUCGACUGAAAUUCUUUACUGAUUCAAUCAUUUCAAGUUCUGGCUAGCAAAUAUAAGUUGUUGUAAGCAGCGUGCAUAAUGUUUUUAUUUUGUUAUCAAUCUGAAGAUCUGUAAUGUGUAUGCAAGGGGAAUACUCACGUUGUCAAAUUUGGAUAAAGUAAGCGGCGGUUAUAUUUGUUCAAAGCUUGAUUUGCUUGCUUCACCAUAUUUUUAUCAAUACUUUUCUAUUUUCUACAAGAUAGGUAAAUGAUAUGUUGUUGUAUAUGUAUCGUUGAAUUAUUGUACUCUGAUUCGUCAAACACUUCGGCAUUUUGUAGCAUACUCAGUAAUUGUUACAGCUGUAUGCCAUACUUUUAAAGUGUUUGAAGAACAGUUAUACUUUAAUUAGGUGAAACAAGCAUUUCUUGAUAUUUUUUUCUAUAAGUUACAGAGCUGUUUGUAUUAACCACGAAAACACCGUUCAAAAUGCUACUUCGUGAUUAUUUUCCAAGAUACUCUGUUUUAUCUCAUGUAAACCAUUCAUUUCUUUAUUUUCGACAUCUUACAAACGUUAAUUCACGUUAAGUCAAAACUGUAGAAGUUUCGGUAACGCGGAUAAAUCUUCAAAAGAAGGGGAAUAGUUGCAUUUCAUGAUAAAAAAACCAUGUAACGGUAAAGAGGUGCUUGCUUGGCUUUAAAAGAAAUAUAUGUUGAAAAAAUGUCUGAAAGGUGGAAGAAAUAAAUCCGUUUGAAGUUCAUCUUAUAAACAUUUUCAAAAAAAAAAUCUGCUUUUUAGGUAAAAAUAUAUACAAAACAAGAGAGAAAAAAUCCAAAGCUCACUUGUUUAAAUAAGUAUUUGAGUUUCUCGCCAUCCUAGAUUAAAUAAGUAUGGGGGUUUCUCGCCAUCCUAGAUUGCACACCACAUAUGAUCGAUCCAGAUUUUAGUGAAAUUGCAGUUUACUUGCCGGACUUUUUUUCAGAAGAAAAAAUAAUCAAGAUUUCUUAAUGUAACAUUUGUGUACAAAUAUACAAACAGAAACCUUUUGAUUGGUUAAUAUUUUUUAAUUUGCUUUUAAAGGGAGGUAACUGAGAGCUUUUGAUAAAUGAAUCUCUUAUACAUUUAUUUGUUUUAAAAUGGAGCAAUGAAAAGAGGACGGUACCACUUGUUUCUCUUUUUAUUCACUGAAAGCAUUUUACAAGUCAAUUCUAUCUUGAUUUAAAAAGAUAUCAUCUAGUUUUCUUUCUAACCCUUACAUGUGUGAAUGUUUUACAAUCAGUUACUUGAAAGCAAGCACAGAGACCUAUAAUAAUUGAUAUUGGCAAAGGCCAGAAAAACACACGAUAAUGUUUUACUCUCCUAGUUCUUAAAAUGGUGACUAAGAAUGAUGAUUGUUAUUUCAGUCUUUCUAUGCCGGCAAAAAUCCUCCCGAUACAAGAAAUGUACGCAUGUGCAAAUACAUUGUUAUAGAAAUAUGGAAAAUAAUAUGAUUUUCAAUCUUUAUGGUAAAUCAGUGUUAAAAUUAACACAAGAUUCUUGUUAUAAUGUAGUACAAUAUGUUAUAGUAUAGUAUUUACAGUUGUUGAAAAAGUAAUGUCUGGUUUAUGAUAUCAUCAUGAAUAUACAAUUACUAUAGGAACAUAGCAGGUUUAUACUUUAUUUGUUAUGGAAAUAUGACAUUAAAAAGUUGAACAAUA